AUGGGCAAACUGAGCGAUGACGACGGCGGUGAACUGAGCGACGACGACGGCGACGAACUGAGCGACGACGAUAGUGGUGAACUGAGUGACAACGAGGUUUUCCAGCAAGGCAAGGAGGAUUUUGGUCAACGAAAUUUCCUCUUCAAAGGUGCUUCAAGCUUGGAUUUUCGAUUUCUCCACGUCGACCUCGACCUCCUAGGAGUCGCUCCCGUUCGCAGCCUAGCGAGGAAGAAGUUCCUACAGCAUCCUCCCCUCCAGCGGCUUCCUUUUUCGGGGUCGAGUUCCCCGCGGGCAGCCUUCCUCCUCAUGCUAAUACUGGUUGUAGCCGGGAGGUCUUCUCUUCAGCUUCCAUCAGGCAGGCCGUGAGGAAGUGGCUAGAUUGAAGGAGGCCUUGAGGCACGCCGAGGAGUCCGUUACUCUUAUUGCAGAAGACCUGGCUGGAUUAGAGCGUUCUCGUGAACAGACGCUCGAGAAGCUGGGAUCUACACAGGAGAGAUUGAUGAAGCUGAAGAAUGAAGCCGCGAAGAUCUUAAGCAGUUCCGAAGACUCUGUCCGAGCUAGUCUGCAGGCAGAACUUGAGCAGAGCUAUGUAGACAGGCUUUCUAGUUUAGAGUCCCAUGUUCUUAGCCGUCAGUUGCCUUCGGGCUAACGAGCUUUUUAUUAUAUGCUUUUGACUUGAUCUA